AUGAACUUACGGAGGACAGAGGUCAAGUUCAUGGGGCACCUUAUCUGCAGAGACGGUCUUAAACCUGAUCCAGAGAAAAAAUAGCAGCGGUACAACAUAUGCCGAAGCCCACAGGGAAACAAGAAAUGCUGAGCCUUCUUGGCUUUAUCAACUAUUUGACCAAAUUCUUACCUAGGCUAGCCGAAGUUGCACAGCCUUUUGUGGUCAUCCCAACAUGACAAAGCCUUUGCUCAAGUGAAGAACCUGGUGAGCAAACAUCCCAUAUCAGCUGAAAUACUACGACGUAAGUGAAGAAGUUGCGAUUCAGUGUGAUGCAAGUGAGAAAGGACUUGGAGCAUCGCUUCUUCAGAAUGGCCAACCGGUGGCAUUUGCCUCGCGGACAUUGACACAGAUAGAAAGACGAUACGCACAGAUAGAGUGUCUAGCCAUUGUUUUCGGCUGCCAGAAGUUCUCUCAAUACAUAUCGAGAAGAGAUAAAGUCACAAUAGAGUCCGAUCACAAAUAUCUUCAAUCCAUCUUCAAGAAGUCACUAUUGGAAGCACCCUGUCGGUUGCAGAGAAUGAUGCUGAGAUUACAGAGGUACAACCUCGAAGUAUUGUACAAACCAGGGCCGCAGAUGUAUAUCGCAGACCAUUUAUCGAGAGCCUCGGUGAAAGAUACCGGCACACCAGAUGAGGACUUUCAGGUUUUCGCUGUAGAGCUCGAAGGUAUAGGUCCCCUGAAUACUAUUAAGAUCAGCAGCGAGAGACUGGGCCAGCUACAGAAAGCAAUCGAACAGGACCCGGUCUUGCAAACCCUCAAGGCAACCAUACUGAUGGGAUGGCCAACGGAAAGAGAAGAAGUACCAAUACAUAUCAGGGAAUUCUGGACAUAUCGCGAAGAGCUGACGCUGCACAAUGGAGUCUUGUUCAAAAGCCAACGUAUCAUAAUUCCCAAGGCCAUGCGCACAGAGAUCACUUCAAGGAUCCAUUCAAGUCAUCUCGAUAUCGAAGCUUGCCUGCGCAAGGCAAGAGAGCUGGUGUCAGAUAAUGGUCCCCAGUAUACCAGCCGAGAGUUCACAUAUUUCAUCACAGAAUGGGAAAUUAAACACGUCACAUCCUCACCUUACCAUGCCAGAUCAAACGGAAAAUCGGAGUCGGGGUGA